AUGGCUAUUAACCAAUCUUUAAACACUAUUAUUCCAGUCAUUGAUAUUUCUGGUUAUCUGGCUGGUGAUUUGCCUCGAACGGCCGAAAUUGCAAACGAAUUGAACGCCGCGUGUUGCGCCCCUGGAUUUUUCCAGAUCGUUGGCCACGAUAUCCCUCCCGAGUUGCGAACUCGUCUCUUCGACAAGGUUACCCAAUUUUACGAUCUUCCUAUAACCAAGAAGUCGGCAUUGAGUCGUAGUCUUUCGGUUAAUGGCGCACGGGGUUACGAGGCCGUUGGGGCUGUGACAUUAGAGGGUGACUUCGUAGAUCAAAAAGAGGGAUUCAUGAUAGGCCCUGAAAAUCCGCCCGGAAGGUUCCUCCAAGGUCCGAACUUAUGGCCAGAAGAAAGGGAUUGUCCAGGAUUUCGCUCCACGAUGGAGGAGUAUUUCGCCUCUGUGCGAAGCCUCAGCGUAAAGAUGUUUCGACUACUAGCAUUAAGCCUUCAUCUCGACGAAUACUGCUUUGAUGCUUUUGUAAAUAGUCGAGAUUCGAUCUCGAUGUGCCGCGCACACAGAUAUCCUCGAGGUACGAUUGAAUCGGCAAAACACUUUCGAGGAACCGGUGCCCAUACGGACUUCGGUGCCAUGACAUUACUACUACAGGACGAUAUUGGUGGCUUGGAAGUCUUCCACCGGCCCAGCAGCACAUGGCACCCCGUACCGUACGUCCAAGACGCGUAUAUUGUCAACAUCGGCGAUAUGAUGGAACAAUGGACGAAUGGCCGAUACAUGUCUACUUUGCACCGCGUGAUUACACCGAUUUCGAACAAGGACAGAUAUAGUGUAGUGUUAUUCAAUGAAGGCUUGUUAGAUCAAGUGAUCGAAUGCAUUCCAACAUGUAUCGAACCCGGCGAGACUCCUCUAUAUGGCCCUACAACGGUAGAAGCACACUUGCGAAACCGAUACGGGCAUACCUAUGAGGAAGCCGAAAGAAACUAG